CUAUGACAGGUAACCUCGGCAUAUCGUCGGCAGCCAAUCAGCAGCAACAACAGCAGCAACAACACGACCUGUUUAGUCAAGCCGAGGCCUAUCACGCUCACGCGGCCGCUCUUAAUCAUCACCAUCAUCAUCACGCAGCCGCCCAUCAUCACGCAGCCGCUCAUCAUCACGCUCACCUGACUCACGCCGCCCAGUCAGACCCAUGGACGCAUUACUCGCUCAGUUCACAGGCCUAUUCGGCGCAUAAUCUUAGCGGAGGUUACGCGGGAGUGUCCGGCGUUUCGGCCGCCACGUCGGCGGCUGCCGCUCGAUUCGGUAGCCAUCACCAAACGUACGGAUCGUUCCUGCUUCACCAAACGGCCAAUCCGGCCAGUCAUCGAGUUUUACCGGCGGCUGCGGCCGCCGCUGCCGCCGCCGCUGCCGCAGCGGCCCACUGUUCCAUUAAAUCCGAACCGUGGACUUCGGUAUCUCACCACCGUUACGGCCAUCAUCCGCAUCAUCCUCACGCCCACCAUCCGGUAAUCCGCUCGCCCUAACAGCACACAGCGACCUGUCGACAGGUCAUCAUCACCCGGCCAUCGAUGCGGCCUCCUACACCGCCGGUCACUCCUACACCAACAUGCCACCAGGUUUGGAAGCCGGGCAGGUGCAACAAGAACCGGGCAAAGAUCUUUACUGGUUUUGAUAGAGCGGCGUAUUCCAAUGCAUCGCAAUACGGCCGGAUGGAAUCAACACAAACGCGAUUUAAAAAAGAAAAAGAAAAAAAAAAAAAAAAUUGUUUUUGUUUUGGUUUUUGCCAAUGAUUUCAUGUCAUUAUAUAAUAUCCAAUUUUUCAUUCGCAUAUGCUAAUAAUUUCGUAUAUGUGUGACCGUAUAUCUUU